UUAAUAAAAUGGAAGUAAAUAAUUCGAAUAAGAUGAGCUUUUAUAAUACAAAAUGCAAUAUAAGUCAGCCUUCAAACACAAGAGUUGCCUUACAGCCUUUUGGGGUGUCUACUCUGCCCAUACAGGCAGGAAAUCUCUUAGGUUUGAAUUACUUAUCACAGAAUCUUGAUACUAAGAAUUAUACGGAAGAGAGCAUCAAACCAAAACUUGCCUUUGAAAACUUCUGAAUGGGGAUAGAAAACUGAUGAGGUUCACAAUCUUAUGCUACUCUAAGGAAAAAUCUAGGUCCUCCUAAUGCUCUUAAUGAAGGAUAUACGGCCGGAUUCAAUUGGUUACCAACUCCUACAAAACAUUUUAAUUAUACCGUCCUUAAUGAGAACCAAGAGAUAUCUCAUCUAAUUUAUCAAGAUGUUACAAAAGACUCCCCUUCGAGUGUUUUCCCUUCGGUAGCCUUUAAUUUUAGAGAUCCUAAUAUCUUCAAAUAUUCAAAUCAGAGAAAUAGUAACUUACCACCAAAACAUGCGAGUUGUUUCCCAAUUUCAUGCAAUGGGCAACAAGCAGAAGGGUUUAGGCCAGUCUUACGUGGAAAUACACCUCAGACUUCGACAACUCCUCUACCUGAGGUAUCAAGGUCUCCCAUUGGCCAAAAGAAGUAUGAUCACAAUUUGGUACUACCUAAGACUAAGAAAUUAGAUUCUUCUAUUGACAAGAAACUCAAGGAGAUCACCAAUUGUGGUCACACUAUGAGGAAACAUUACGCAAAGGGCAUGUGCAGCACCUGCUAUCAUAAGAGAGGCCGUACAAAGAAGGCUUGGAACUGUGAACACACUGAUGAACUUCACUACGCCAAAGGGUGCUGUCAAGAAUGCUACCUAAUUUUCCACUCAAAAAGAGGCAAAAAUAAGCUUAAGAAAAUUCUUAAUGAAAAGAAGAGGAAACAGAAGGAAGAAUCUCUGUCAAGUGAAGCAGCUCCUUCUGUCUAAAGAGAUAGCUAGCAAGGACGCAUUAGG